AUGAAUCAGUCAACUACUCAAUCCACUACUCGUGCCAAACUCGCCUCAGCUUUGGGCAAGCUAGCUUCAAAGUCUCGAAGAACCAAUGCAAAAGCAGGACCGUCUAACACUGAGGUCGAACAGGAGUUCAAGGCAGGUCCAUGGGGCAUGGAUGAAGUGGAUGCAACACCUGUUCUAGGUUACCCUAUGUCAUCUACCCUGAAGGUAUUCAAUGCACAAAGAUCCAGCAAGGUCCCUAUCAGAGAGCCAGCUGGGUUUCCAAUUAACCAGAACUUCUCUCAGCGCAUAAUACACCAAUAUUCCGAUGAGGAGGCCAAUGAAGCCGUCUUCUUGACUCCCUACAUGAGGCCUAGUAGUGCUUUUCCGAGCAUGCCUUUAUCACCCGAGGAAGCGACAGAUGUCCCACCCCAGGGUUCAACAUCUCAUCAACGUGUUAUGCCUAGCUUCAAACUGGGACGAAAGAUUCGCGAGCUUUCAAAUUGGCGUAACUCUGGCAAGCAAGUCGAGGUUGAGUCAAAAAUACCAACCGAAGAAGUGAUGCCGGGGAUCCCAGAAGUUCCGCGCGUGGAUUUGUCAUCGUUGGGGGAAUCGCCGCUAAGAGGCGAACCUACACAGAACCGUCGAUCCAAGGCCUGGUCUCCUCGAACCCCAUUCAAGUCACCGGGUCAUCUCACCAGCUUGAUAACUCCUGGGCUAUCACAUUCUUUGGUAACCCCGACGACUGUCGAAAAUCUUCCGACUCCAUCUAGCUCCGCUGAUAUGAUAGCUUCGGAAGACGAGACUUACUUCACAAGUCCAAUAUCUCAUGAGUUUGUUAACUUUAGUUACGGUCCACGAUAUGUUGUACCUCCUUUUGGUGGAAUGUUGGAUGAACAUUCAUAUUUUCCUGAUCAACUUGAAAGUGUACUACAACCACCACCAACGGACUCAACAGGUCCAGUCCGAAGUACAAGACAUGGUCAAGUUCGUCGACCACCAGGAUUGGAGAUGAUGGACACAUUAGAUUUCCUUUCACAACUUUGUGAAAGACCGGGUGUUUUAGCCGGAGAUGGUGAAAGUAUGUUGGAUAGAGAAAGUCUUUUGGAUAAUGAUGCUUUAAUGGACCCACUUCAUCAAUCCUGUUGA